AUAUAUAUUUUAAUAUCGUUUUAUGGCCCAGCCCUAGUAGUAUACCAGAAGUUUAUUGUACCAGGUUUUGGUGUUGGGUGUGUACUGGAUGUAAUAUUUCCUUGUGAAACAUGGUGAUGCUGAGGGAUGGCUAGCAAAGGCACUUUCUUAUUUCACAAUAGUGUUUAUUUGUUCAAUUUUAGGUCCCGUCAUGGAGGACUGGGACAUCAUCAGUCCUAAGGAUGUGAUUGGUUCGGAGCAGCUUCUCGCAGACAGGACGAGGUCUUUGGCAUCUGCAGCACUUCCUUUCACCCAGUCUUUAAUCUCCCAGGUUGGUCGGACCUUCUCUCGAGUCCAGCAAGCUUUCAGCUGGUCCUACGGCGAGGAGAUCAAGCCUUUCAAGCCACCUCUGAGUGACUCUGAGUUUCAUGGUUACCUCAAUGGACAAGGACAGUUGACACGGCCCGAGGAGCUAAGACUGCGGAUCUACCACGGCGGUGUGGAUCCUUCUCUACGAAAGGUUGUUUGGCGCUACCUCCUUAAUGUCUACCCAGACGGACUGAGUGGGCAGGAAAGAAUGGACUACAUGAAGCGCAAGACCAGGGAGUAUGACCAGCUGAAGAACGAAUGGACAGCUCACGUCAGUCACGAGGAUCUUGAAUUCAUCCGAGGGAACGUACUGAAAGAUGUCUUGAGGACAGACCGUGCCCAUCCCUACUAUGCCGGCUCCGAGGACAGUCCACAUUUGACUGCCCUCACAGACCUGCUUACUACCUUCGCCAUCACGCAUCCACAGAUCUCGUACUGUCAAGGCAUGAGUGAUAUCGCCUCCCCCAUACUUGCCGUUAUGGACAAUGAGGCACAUGCCUUCAUUUGCUUUUGUGGCAUUAUGAAACGCCUGGAGGGGAACUUCCGACCCGACGGACAGCUGAUGUCUAUUAAGUUCCAGCAUCUCAAAUUACUCUUGCAGUACUCUGAUUAUGAAUUCUACUCUUACCUGGUUUCUCGUGGAGCUGAUGACCUGUUCUUCUGUUACCGCUGGUUGCUCCUGGAGCUCAAGCGAGAGUUUGCAUUUGAUGACGCUCUAAGGAUGCUUGAGGUUACUUGGAGCUCCUUGCCUCCUGAUCCUCCUGAAACUGAAGUGGAGCUGCGGGGACCGCCUUUGCCGUCGGACAAAACGACGCGUUUCACAAGCAAGAAAAAGCCUGCUGACAAUCGACUUGAGCAAGACUGGGAAAUAAAAGAGAAGCAGCGAAGGCAACACAUGCUUCGGCCCUCCAGAGAAGACCCUGAUGUGGUCUCAGCAGCGGCAGGACCUGGAAGUAGUGGUGGUCUUUCUAAAGUCACCCCAGGCAAGGCUGCUUCUUCUAUUGAGGAGAGCUUUGGAGAGUUUAAAUACUACAACUACCAAAGUGAGGAUUGCUUUGAUGGGAAGGAUGCCAAGCAGCAACAAGGUUUGAUCGAUUCACGGUCGUCACCGCGCAUUCCAACCCGUCAGUCCACCACUGACAGUGAGGAGGAUCCUGGAGAAAGAACCCCUUUGAUCAAAUACUGUAACAAUGGCUUCCCUCCAGAGUCGUCACAUCCCAUGUCCUUCAGUGGUCCACCAGUCUUGAAAGCUGGCGCUGCAUCUCAUUCCUCUUCAGGCUUACCUUCCAGUUGGUCAGGUGCUACACCGGAAUCUCCUCCGCAGACCACCUUUGGAUUCGUAACCAAUGGAAGAGAGGCCUUCUCAAGAACUGUCCCAAAAGUAAUCACGUCUCCUGCACAGUUGCUCAGGAGUACGGCGUUGAACUUGACCGCCAACACUUCUGUAAAAACAACAUCUCACUCCCAUGCUCAAAAUCGAUCCUUUCUCUCCUCACCAAUCUUGCCUUUCGGGAGGGGUUCAUCACAGGCUGGCUCCAGGCCCUCUUCCAACAUCCUGCAUUCUCCCAGCAACAAACCCUCGAGCGCUGCGGUUCACAUGGACACCUCGCCAAAACUGGAGGCUGGCAUCAAACCGUGUUCGCUUCCACCUCCCCAAGAGUUCGGGAAAGGCAAUCCUUUUAUGCUUUUUUUGUGCUUGUCCAUUCUGCUGGAACACCGAGACCACAUCAUCAAGAACAGCCUGGAUUACAACGAGCUCGCCAUGCACUUUGAUCGGCUGGUGCGGCGCCACAAUCUCAGCCGGAUCCUGCAACGCGCCAAGGCCUUGUUCGCGGACUACUUGCAAAGUGAAGUGUGGGACUCGGAGGAGGGCGAUGAGGUGAGCUCGGACUCGCCAACAUCUGCCACCGCUGCUCAAUACUCCCCACCUUUACCCAUCUCCGCUCGGCCCAUUUAUAGUCCGCUAGCGUCCCCCCAGUCUUCAUCUCAAAACUCCACCUACAACCUGGCAACAACUAUUCCUUCACCGACACUUUCCCUUUCCUCCUGACUCGCACAAGUAUCCCUAGCUUGGCGUUCUCACUAUAGCUUCUCAGCCCAUCAGAGGCGUGGACUAUUUUUAGACCACCUCCCACGUCGGAUUUAAUGCUCGAUAACACGCCGUUACGGACCAUUCAUGUACGCCUCGUCAUAAUUGUUGGUCAGUUCUCUGGCCCUCGCUUCAAGAAAGUACGAUAGGAUUGGAUCUUUUCAAGGUUGACCACACGUGCUUGCUAAUCCCUGCUUUUCCACAGAAUCAUUUAUUUGAAAUUAGAACAGUGAAGCAAGUGCUUGUUCAUCUCAAGUCCAAACUCGCUAGAUCUGGGGUGUCCAAAGUUUCCAUUUUUGGUCCACAGCUGCUUUUUCAAAGGCAGUCUCUCCCAAGAUUUUGUGGGGUCACAAUCGUCCAAAUUCAACCAAUCCCUGUCAAAUAAUCAUGUCUUUGUCCAAUGCCUUCCACUUCCCCGAAUAUUCCGGCCAAUCAGCCUCCAACUAGUCUCCGAACUGUCUGAUCAAAAUGUGUCUUUGUUUCUCGUGUAGACAAUUCGGGAACAACAACCUCUAACAAUAUUUAUUGCUUAAACGUCACAAUCGUUAUCCUCCCGCAUAGUUUAGCGCUACUUCUGGAUCCCGUCUACAGUGCUAAUCCUUCUGGGUAAUAAACAUGCUCACUUCCUAACUAACAUAUAUUUAUAGAUUUGAUCAAUCUUUAACAAUGUACUUGCCGUGCGAACCUAGCAGAACAUGGCCUAGUGGUUAGAGUGUCCGCCCUGAGAUGGGUAGGUUGUGAGUUCAAACCCCGGCCGAGUCAUACCAAAGACUAUACAAAUGGGAGACAUUACCUCCCUGCUUGGCACUCAGCAUUAAGGGUUGGAAUUGGGGGUUAAAUCACCAAAAAUGAUUCCCGGGCGCGGCACCGCUGCUGCUCACUGCUCCCCUCACCUCCCAGGGGGUGAUCAAGGGUGAUGGGUCAAAUGCAGAGAAUAGUUUCACCACAUCUAGUGUGUGUGUGACAAUCAUUGCUACUUGAACUUUAACUUUAACUUGCAAAUUGUGGAUGACACCGGACAGUGAAGAAGCCUUUUGUAGCCUUUCUUACUAGAAUUAGAAGGAAACAUUAGUUGUAAUGAUUUAAAGAGUACAGUAAUUCAAAAAGGUGCUUUUGCUCCCAUCUAGUGUCUACUUUAGUCUCUGUGGCAUAAAAUGAGUAAAACAUCAAUACAGUAUGUUUUUUUUAUUUAUUUUUUUUCAUCCUGUUGUUUUUGAGGAUACAUUUGAUAAAUUCGUGCAAUCAAAAGUUGAUUUCAUGUUACUGAAAAAAAUAAUUCUCAAAACAUCGUAACUUGUCGUAACCGUCUGGGAAAUGAAGACAUUUUUGGCCGCAAUAAUCUCAAAUAAGCUCGCGAAAUCUUGGACGGACUGAUAAAGUAAAAAAGAAAAUGGAUACAUUAAUGUUAUUAUUAGUUAUGAUGUCCCAGAUAGUUUAGCAUACAUUGACCUACAGUACAUUGGAUUGGCUUAAGCAUCUUUAAACUUAUUAAAAAAUAUAUAAAAGUUAGGGAUGGGUACAGAAAUGAGUAAUUUUAUAGCUACUGACCAAAUUCCUUUGGUGCUACUAUGUACCGAAUUACGUCAAAUAAUAUUUUGAUGUCCUUUUUUGCACAUGAUGUCAGUUGCGGUUGCAGACUCGUUACCGUGCCAGAUUGUGCAGUUUUCCAUGAAGGUAUGCCUGAUAGACUGUGCUAAAAAGUAAGGUUCCACCUUUCAAAAUGUGCUAGCUCUGUGCUAAUAUACAUUGGCUUUGCCAUACACAUGCUAUUGAUUAGCAUUAGUGAUUUUACAUGGCGAUCUCAACACCUCCAAAACUGCAAUGAAGAUGCACGUUGCAACCAAACAGCUGGUGUGCAAGAAGUACAACACACUGGGCCUGAUUUACUAAAGGUUUGUGUGUGCUACAACUUGAUAGCACACGCUACAUCAUUUUAUAGCUGCGAGAGGACAUAAGGGGCAGAUUAAAAUCAAUGCAAUGCAUUUUGAUGUACUUUAGUAAUUUUUUAAUGACGUUUGCUUUUUCACGUAAAAUAUGUGAAAAAAACAACUUUUUAAGCAGGCAUUUUUAUGCAUCUUGAGUGGCGUAAGUGCAGUCUCUCUCCCAUGGGUGCAGUUAAAAAGACUAAAAAAGUGGGGUUAAUGUAGACGCACUUUGGACGGCUUCUAAAAUGCUCGUUAAAAGUAGCAGAUGUCAUCUGCAUGUCUGGAAACAUAGCAAAACACAGCAUGAUGACAUGAAUGUGCAGUAAAUGAGCGUUUCCAUGGUGAUGCCCCAUAGAGUACAUGCAAAACUCUCAUAGAAAUAGAGCUGUCUGCCCCACUCUAUUGUACACACAGGCUUAGUCAAUCACACGCCAACUAAUAGUACACGCUAUUUUAUAGAUUGUACAUGCUAUUUGGAUCUUUGUAAAUCAGGCUCUUGCAGUACAAACACCUUGUAGGACUCAACAAAAUACAAGACUGACACUACACGAUCGGUCUAGGCAGCCACGUCACUUCCGUUGGUUUGUUUUACGGAAUGUGUGUAGGUUUGUGCACUGUUACCUUGUUGUGUUUAUUUGAACAACAAUCUGACAGCAAAGCUCGCACACAAAACAAAACAAACGUUGCUUGAGAAUAGAGUAUUUGUUUUGAAAGCUGAAGGUUGUGCUCAGCAGCCUUGGACGGCAAAGAUAGCAAUCUUUUUUUACGACUUUAUUUAUAUCAAAUACAUCGAUUCACAAUACUGAACAUUUGAAAAGUCUACUUUUUGUUAGGCUUUAAAUGACAGUAAGUGCCUUGUUUAAGGGGAAAAAUGUUUUAAAAAUGAAAAUGUGGUAAUAAUAAUCCCUGAUUUUUAAAAAUCUACCUCUUGUUCACGUUUAUAUUCGUGUUUCCUUUUACUCCUAGGUAGCUAUUUUUUAUACAAAACAUGAAUAAGUAUAUUAAAUAUCACAGCACGUAACCUAGCUAAUGCUCCGUCCUAAAAAAUUGCAAGUCCAAGAAGUGACGUCGUCUUUGUAUCUUCCGGCACCGAUGGUGUAGUGUCAGUCGCAUUUAGCAUAAUGGCAAAGACUGCUUCUUGACUACGGCAACACACUGAGGACAAACUGAAAAGGGACUAAUUGCUAAAUGUUACAUCGCAACUUUGAGAGUUUUAUCAAACCAAUGAAGUCCAGAACUUUACGGGUGUCAACAUUGUAAAAAGUCCACUUAUUUCAGGAGUUCAACUUCAGUUCUCAGUGCAGACGUUCAACAAACCACAAACCCUUCAAGCUGAUAAAAGCUAAACAAUGGGGGAGGAUGAGUAAAAAACAACAAAAAAGUGGAUCUCAGACUGGACUCUACAUGCAAAGUGAAUUAUUUCAAGCUCAUAUUUUUAAUGAUGAUGGCGAACGCUUUUUAAAAACAGAACAUUCAUAUCGUGAAAUGUUCAAUUGGAAAGUUUCCAUGAGCUGUGCACCAUAAUCAUCAAGUCUUGAAAUAUCUCCAGUUGCAUGUUAUGAGCGUACAUCAUACAUUAGCUGCACCUUGUCCAUCCAACUGCUGCUACAAACAACCUCUGCACCUGACUUCUUCACUUGGGCGGCGUGGCCAAGUUGGUAGAGUGGCUGUGCCAGCAAUCUGAGGGUUGCUGGUUCAAUCCCCACCUUCUAACAUCCUAGUCACGUUCGUUGUGUCCUUGGGCAAGACACUUCACCCUUGCUCCUGAUGGGUCCUGGUGAGCGCCUUGCAUGGCAGCUCCCUCCAUCAGUGUGUGAAUGUGUGUGUGAAUGUGGAAAUACUGUCAAAGCGCUUUGGGCUCCUUAAAAAAGCGUAGAAAAAGCGCUAUACAAGUACAACCCAUUUACCAUAUAUAUAUAUAUAUAUAUAUAUAGCGUUUUCUAUUGGGGCUCCAGUACUCUGGAAUGCCCUCCCGGUAACAGUUCGAGAUGCCACCUCAGUAGAAGCAUUUAAGUCUCACCUUAAAACUCAUUUGUAUACUCUAGCCUUUAAAUAGACUCCCUUUUUAGACCAGUUGAUCUGCCGUUUCUUUUCUUUUUCUUCUAUGUCCCACUCUCCCUUGUGGAGGGGGUCCGGUCCGAUCCGGUGGCCAUGUACUGCUUGCCUGUGUAUCGGCUGGGGACAUCUCUGCGAUGCUGAUCCGCCUCCGCUUGGGAUGGUUUCCUGCUGGCUCCGCUGUGAACGGGACUCUCGCUGCUGUGUUGGAUCCGCUUUGGACUGGACUCUCGCGACUGUGUUGGAUCCAUUAUGGAUUGAACUUUCACAGUAUCAUGUUAGACCCGCUCGACAUCCAUUGCUUUCGUCCUCUCCAAGGUUCUCAUAGUCAUCAUUGUCACCGACGUCCCACUGGGUGUGAGUUUUCCUUGCCCUUAUGUGGGCCUACCGAGGAUGUCGUAGUGGUUUGUGCAGCCCUUUGAGACACUAGUGAUUUAGGGCUAUAUAAGUAAACAUUGAUUGAUUGAUUGAUAUAUAUAUAUAUAUAUAUAUAUAUAUAUACUGUACCCGCCCGAUUGUAGCUGAGAUAUGCUCCAGUGCCCCCCGCGACCCCGAAGGGAAUAAGCGGUAGAAAAUGGAUGGAUGGAUAUAUAAAAUAAAGUCUAGACAUAUAUGUGCAUAUAAUAUUAAUAUAAUGGAUAUUUAAGUACUCCUACCUUGUUUACUUCCAUGACAAUUUUUUGAAGUUUUGUAAUCAAUCAGAAUUAUCAAGCAGCUAAAAUGCACCAAACGUGGAGAGUUUUACAUUUUUCCCAUCAUGCUUUGUAAUGGAUUGAAAUGGGUGUCAUUUUGUUUUUAAUAUGUUGCAUGGACAUUUUUGAUAUUAUUGAGAAAGUUGAGUGAGCAGGUUAUGUGUGAGCGUGUCUGUUGUUGACAUUUUGUGUUGGUUGGAUUGUUUGUUUUGCACCAUGACUUUGCAUUGGGUCAUAUAAGUACAUUCUGUGCACUGGUUGAUCCAGAGUAUGAUUAAAAGUCAUUGACCUGUAUUACUUUGAUUGAUUACUUUGAUGUGGUGACCAAAAGUCAGCAUGGGAUAGGUAGUCUUUUAAAAAGAGCGCCCUCUCCCUGUGGCUCCUUCAGUCACUUAUGAGCUUUAGCGGGCCUUAGUUUGGACACCCCUGUUCUAAUGAUGUGACUUUCACCCGUCCAAGUCUUUAGUUCCCGGGCUGUUUGUUUUCCAAAGUGCUCUUGCACCUUAUCUGCCGUACCCUUUCAAGACAUUUGUCUUCUUUUCUGUCAAUGCCAUGAAGACCAAGUUUAACUCAAAUAGAAUUUGAAAAUCCCCAAAAAUAUUUUGAAGACUUGGUCUUCACUUGUUUAAAUAAAUUAUUUUAUUUUUUUACUUUGCUCCUUAUAACUUUCAUUAAGACCAUUUUAGUGAAAAAAUACAACCUUAAAAAUGGUUUUAGGAUUUUUAAACACAUAUACCUUUUUACCUUUUCAAUUCCUUCCUCUUCUUUCCUGACAAUUUAAAUCAAUGUUCAAGUAAAUUAAUUUUUUUAUUGUAAUGAAUAAUAAAUAAAUUUUUAUUAAAUUCUUCAUUUUAGAUUCUGUUUUUUCGACAAAGAAUAUUUAUGAAAUAUUUCUUCAAACUUAUUAUGAUUAAAAUUCAAAAAAAUAUUCUGGCAAAUCUAGAAAAUCUGUAGAAUCCAAUUUAAAUCUUAUUUCAAAGUCUUUUGAAUUUGUUUUCAAAUUUUUGUUCAGGAAAAUCUAGAAGAAAUAAUGAUUUGUCUUUGUUAGAAACAUAGCUUGGUCCAAUUUGUUAUAUAUUCUAACAAAGUGCAGAUUGGAUUUUAACCUAUUUAAAACAUGUCAUCAAAAAUAUAUAUUUAUUGUGAGAAAUCAUUAAGAUGAUCAGCAUUUCAACAAAGAUAAAUAUCAUUAAUUAUUAAUAAUAACAGAGUUAAAGGUAAAUUAAGCAAAUUGAUUUAAGUGUGUAUCAAACUGGUAGCCCUUGGCAUUAAUCGUUACCCAAGAAGUAGCUCUUGCUCUGGGUGAAUUGUGAAUUAUAUUUAUAUAGCGCUUUUCUCUGACCUACAUGGUCCACUCGCUAUUUCAAGCAAUUUUGCACUCUUUUUGUUUUUUAUUUUGCUUAUUUUUCUGUGUUGAAGUUUGAAGGUGUUUGAAUGUGCUGAUGCCACACAUUAGUUUGUGCAGCCCGUGUUGUGUGUGUGAUGCUGCAUUACUAGACAAGUGCCUCGCUCGCUGGCGUUAGAAACCUCCAUCUGUCUUUUUACUUGCGCUGGAAAUAUGCUGAGAGGGUUUGGAAAGUGUUGUGCUGCUGGGUGACUUCUUUGGGCACACUGGAUGUCAAACUGGAACAUUGGCAGAAGAAUGGAGCCAACAAAAGUGUUUUUUUGUGCCUGACACUUGACACUGUGUGCUACACAUGUACACUAAAGCCAAAAGCAGUCAAGUUGUCACCUUGUGUCAAUGCUAAAUAAGAAGAGAAUACAACAAAUCCUUUUCAACUUAUAUUCAAUUGAAUAGACUGCAAAGACAAGAUAUUUCAUCUUCACACUGACAAACUUUCUUUUUUUUGCAAAUAAUCAUGAAGUUAGAAUGUAAUGGCAGCAACACAUGUCAAAAAAGGCAUUUUUACCAGUGUGUUACAUGGCCUUUCCUUUGAACAACACUCAGUGCAGGUUUGGGAACUGAGGAGACACAUUUUUGAAGUGGAAUUAUUUCCCAUUCUUGCUUGAUGUACAGCUUAAGUUGUUCAACAGUCUCCCUUCACACAUUUUCAAUGUCUGGACUACUGGCAGGCCAGUCUAGUACCCACACUCUUUUACUAUGAAGCCACGCUGUUGUAACACCUGGCUUGGCAUUGUCUUGGUGAUAUAAGCAGGGGCGUCCAUGAUAACAACAUAUGUUGCUCCAAAAGCUGUAUGUACCUUUCAGCAUUAAUGGUGCCUUCACAGAUGUGUAAGUUAGCCAUGCCUUGGCCACUAAUACACCCCCAUACCAUCACACAUGCUGACUACAACACUUUCACCCUACAACAAUCACUAAUACACCCCCAUACCAUCACACAUGCUGACUACAACACUUUCACCCUACAACAAUCACUAAUACACCCCCAUACCAUCACACAUGCUGACUACAACACUUUCACCCUACAACAAUCACUAAUACACCCCCAUACCAUCACACAUGCUGACUACAACACUUUCACCCUACAACACUUUCACCCUACAACAAUCACUGAUACACCCCCAUACCAUCACACAUGCUGACUACAACACUUUCACCCUACAACAAUCACUAAUACACCCCCAUACCAUCACACAUGCUGACUACCACACUUUCACCCUACAACAAUCACUAAUACACCUCCAUACCAUCACACAUGCUGACUACAACACUUUCACCCUACAACAAUCACUAAUACACCCCCAUACCAUCACACAUGCUGACUACAACACUUUCACCCUACAACAAUCACUAAUACACCCCCAUACCAUCACACAUGCUGACUACAACACUUUCACCCUACAACACUUUCACCCUACAACAAUCACUGAUACACCCCCAUACCAUCACACAUGCUGACUACAACACUUUCACCCUACAACAAUCACUAAUACACCCCCAUACCAUCACACAUGCUGACUACCACACUUUCACCCUACAACAAUCACUAAUACACCUCCAUACCAUCACACAUGCUGACUACAACACUUUCACCCUACAACAAUCACUAAUACACCCCCAUACCAUCACACAUGCUGACUACAACACUUUCACCCUACAACAAUCACUAAUACACCCCCAUACCAUCACACAUGCUGACUACCACACUUUCACCCUACAACAAUCACUAAUACACCCCCAUACCAUCACACAUGCUGACUACAACACUUUCACCCUACAACAAUCACUGAUACACCCCCAUACCAUCACACAUGCUGACUACCACACUUUCACCCUACAACAUUCACUAAUACACCCCCAUACCAUCACACAUGCUGACUACAACAUUUUCACCCUACAACAAUCACUAAUACACCCCCAUACCAUCACACAUGCUGACUACCACACUUUCACCCUACAACAAUCACUAAUACACCCCCAUACCAUCACACAUGCUGACUACCACACUUUCACCCUACAACAAUCACUAAUACACCCCCAUACCAUCACACAUGCUGACUACAACACU